UCCCCCCUUUUUUUUAAGAUCAACUGAUUAGUUGAUGAUGGGGAGAGGCGGGCCUUGGGAACGGUCUCAUGGUGGGGGGCGGGCGGGAAAGAUGGCGGAACUGAUGCUCCUCAGCGAGAUUGCGGACCCAACACGUUUUUUCACGGACAACUUGCUGAGCCCGGAGGACUGGGACAGCACCUUGUACACUGGCCUGGAUGAUGUGGCCGAGGAGCAGACGCAGCUCUUCCGCUGCCCAGAGCAGGAUGUCCCGUUUGGCAGCAGCUCCCUGGAUGUGGGGAUGGAUGUCAGCCCCCCUGAGCCACCUUGGGACCCCCUGCCUAUCUUCCCAGAUCUUCAGGUGAAGUCUGAGCCAUCUUCCCCCUGCUCCUCUUCCUCCCUCAGUUCCGAAUCAUCCCAUCUUUCCACAGAGCCCUCCAGCCAGGUCUCUGGUGUAGGGGAGGUGCUGGUUGUGAAGACAGAGUCCUUGGCGCCCCCACUUUGCCUCCUAGGAGAUGAUCCAACAUCCCCAUUUGAAACUGUCCAGAUCAAUGUGGGUCCCACCUCUGAUGACCCCUCAGAUGUCCAGACCAAGGUAGAACCUGUCUCUCCAUCUUCCUCCAUCAAUUCUGAGGCUUCCCUGCUCUCAGCAGAGUCCCCCAACCAGGCUUUUAUAGGAGAGGAGGUACUGGAAGUGAAGACAGAGUCACCGUCCCCUCAAGGCUGUCUCUUGCAGGAUGUCCUGGGCCCCCCACUUGGAGGUGUCCAGAUCAGCAUGGGCCCACCCUCCGAUGGCUCCUUAGGCAAAGCCCUGCCCACCCGGAAGCCACCCCUGCAGCCCAAACCUGUGGUGAUAACCACCGUCCCGAUGCCACCCAGAGCUGUGCCUCCCAGCACCACCAUCCUUUUGCAGCCCCUUGUCCAGCCGCCCCCAGUCUCCCCAGUUGUCCUCAUCCAAGGUGCUCUUCGGGUCCAGCCUGAGGGGCCGGCCCCCCCUGCUCCAAGGCCUGAGAGGAAGAGCAUUGUUCCAGCUCCUAUGCCUGGGAAUUCCUGCCCACCAGAAGUGGAUGCAAAGCUGCUGAAGCGGCAGCAGCGAAUGAUCAAGAACCGGGAGUCGGCCUGCCAGUCCAGGAGGAAGAAGAAAGAGUAUCUGCAGGGGUUGGAGGCUCGACUGCAGGCGGUGCUGGCUGACAACCAGCAGCUCCGCCGGGAGAACGCUGCCCUCCGGCGGCGGCUGGAGGCCCUGUUGGCUGAGAACAGCGAGCUCAAGUUGGGGUCUGGAAACAGGAAGGUGGUCUGCAUUAUGGUCUUCCUUCUCUUCAUUGCCUUCAACUUUGGACCUGUCAGCAUCAGUGAGCCUCCUCCGGCUCCUGUCUCUCCUCGGAUGAGCAGAGAGGAGCCUCAGCCCCGGAGACACUUGCUGGAGUUCUCAAUGCAAGAGCCAGUUCAGGGAGUUGAACCCCUCCAGGGUUCCUCCCUGGGUCCUGAGGAGCCCCAGCCCAGCGCUCCAGGCCAGCCAAGUUUCAGAAACCUGACAGCCUUCCCCGGGGGUGCCAAGGAGCUACUGCUGAGAGACCUGGACCAGCUCUUCCUCUCCUCUGAUUGCCGGCAUUUCAACCGGACCGAGUCCCUGAGGCUUGCUGAUGAGCUGAGCGGCUGGGUCCAGCGCCACCAGAGAGGCCGGCGGAAGAUUCCCCAGAGAGCCCAGGAGAGACAGAAGUCUCAGCUGCGGAAGUCACCUCCAGUUAAGGCAGUCCCCACCCAACCUCCUGGGCCCCCAGAGAGGGAUUCUGUGGGCCAGCUGCAGCUGUAUCGCCACCCAGACCGUUCGCAGCCAGAGUUCCUGGACGCCAUUGACCGACGAGAAGACACAUUUUAUGUUGUGUCCUUCCGAAGAGACCACUUGCUGCUCCCUGCCAUCAGCCAUAACAAGACCUCUCGGCCCAAGAUGUCCCUGGUGAUGCCUGCCAUGGCUCCCAAUGAGACCCUGUCAGGCCGGGGGUCCCCAGGGGACUAUGAGGAGAUGAUGCAGAUCGAGUGUGAGGUCAUGGACACCAGGGUGAUUCACAUCAAGACCUCCACGGUGCCCCCCUCGCUCCGAAAACAGCCAGCCUCCACCCCGGGCAAUUCCACAGGUGGCCCCUUGCCAGCUUCUGCAGCCGGCCAGGCCCGUCAGGCCUCCCACCAGCCUCUCUACCUCAAUCACCCCUGACCUCUGCAACUCACACUGACUUAGAGCUGGGGGGUGGUGGGAGGUGGGGGCAACCAAGUGGGGUUUUCCAAGUUCUCUGAUCCCUGGGCUUGGGGCAAUUGGUAAAGGAAAGACAGGGUGUGGGGUUAAGCACUUAUUUGGGGAUGAGUGUGUUCACCUCUCCUCUUACCCACUUUUAGGAAUAUAGGGCUUCUCUCAUUUCUCUGAACCCCUAAUUCCUGCUUCUCUGUUUGAGGGUAUUGAGUAAGAUGAAGUUUGGGGCUGGGUGGCCGCCUACACACUCUUUAUUCUUUUGUUUCUCUGUUUUGGGGAGGGUGGUAGAGGUGGGAAUUAAGUCCCCAGGAGGGACGAGGGACAUUUUUACAUUUUGGAGCUAGUCACUGGGAGUAAAGGAGGGGUGGUGGUGGGAGAUCAGGUGUAUGUAUAUGUACUAUCUUCUUUUUUAUUAUUAAAUAAACAACUUGGAGGGAGUUGAAGGA